ACCCGGCUGCCAUUGGCGUGUUUCGUCAGAGGGCCGAUUAUAGCUUGUCGCGGUAAGGCGAGCAAGCAAGCUAUCUCGCAACACACAGAACACACCAUGUCUAAACCAUUAAAACAGCUCCCCGGCGAAGAAGAAGAGGAGGAAGAGGACUUUGAGGUUGAGACGGAGCAACUGCAACUGAGCGCCGACGACCCAUUACGCAAUUACCUCCCCUCUUCGUUUGGACGACAGGACACGGCACGCGACUUCGAUGACAUCUACUCGAAAGCGCGCCGAAUACCACUACCGCCACCCAAAGCGCCCAAGGACAAAGCCGACGAUUCGGACGAUGACUCGGACGACGAUGACUCGGACUCGGACGACGAUGAGUUUCCAGUCUCGCAUUCGCUCGAGCUCAAAGCCCACAGCAAGGCCGUCUCCAGCAUCUCACUAGACCCAUCCGGCAGUCGCAUUGCCACAGCUUCCCACGAUUGCUCACUGAAGCUCUAUGACUUCAGCUCGAUGUCCAUGGACCACCUGCACGCAUUCCGUACCAUCGAGCCGACCGGUGGAUCGCACCAUGUUCACGCGGCGAAAUUCUCGCAGCUCGACUCGGGACAGAGUAUCCUUAUCUGUCCUGCCGCUCCGCAGGCGAAGAUCUACACGCGCGACGGACACGAGAGCGUCGAGUUCGUCAAGGGCGAUAUGUAUCUGAGAGAUAUGCACAAUACGAAGGGACAUGUGGCUGAGAUCACGGCGGGAAUGUGGCAUCCAACGGAUAUCAAUGUCUGCGCUACAGCGUCGGCGGAUAGCACCAUCCGCAUGUGGGACGUCAAUCACAAGCGCCAUCAUAAGGAGAUCAUGGUACACAAGAGCAAGUCGAAGGGCGGCCGGAGCAGGAUGUGUUGUCUGGCGUGGGCGGCGCCGCAGGAAGGCGCAAAGAGCAUGCUGGCGAGUGUAGCGCUCGACGGAUCACUGGUGAUCUACCCGGGGAACGGCCCGUUCUCUCGACCAGCUAUGGAGGUCCGCGGCGCACACCAGGCGGAAACCUGGACCGGCGGGAUCGCCUUCUCCGGCGACGGGCGAUUACUCGCCACACGAGGCCAGGACCAGACCGUCAAGCUGUGGGACACGCGCAAGCUGAAGACGCCGCUCGCAACGCGCACUGCCUUCCCGACGCCGCACCAUCCCGAAACCGCGCUGAUCUUCUCCAACAACAAUACCUCGCUCCUAACCGGCGAUGCCUCUGGCAACCUGCACGUGCUGUCAGCCGCAACCCUGACCUCGAGCGAAACCCACGCCAUCUCCGCCUCGCCCAUCGUCUCGCUCACGCACCACACGCGGCUGAACCAGCUCCUGCUCGGCACCGCCGGUGGGAGCGUCCACAUCCUCUUCUCGCCGACGGCGUCGACCAAGGGCGCCAAGACCGUCCUCGAGGCUCCCCUGCGGAAACGGCACAUCGACGACGACGCCUCGCUGACCACCGACGCCGCCGCCAUCUCCGGCGACGCCAUCAUGGUCCCCUCACAGCCGAAAUCGAAGCGCAGCGCUAAUGAUGCUCGCCGCCCGGCGAUGCCUGCUAUCACCCCUUGGGGCAAGAGUCAGCCAGAUCAGGAACAUAUUCGCAACAGCAUCAUGUUGAGCUCGAUGCGCGAUGAGGACCCCCGUGAGGCGCUGCUGAAGUACGCGGAUAAGGCGGAGAAGGAUCCUAUGUUCACUGGUGCGUGGAAGAAGAAUCAGCCGACGACUAUUUAUGCCGAGCCUGAGGAGGAGGAGGAAGAGGAGGAGCCGGAUAAGAAGAAGAAACGGAGGUGGUGAGAGACUGGUUUGGUUGGCCGAUAGACUGAAGAUUGUGAAGAUUGAUGGCACAUGUGAUAGCAUUGAGCGGCUCACUGUAAUGAUACGAAUUGUACUCCAUAGAAAUAAAAAUAG